CUGAAAUCCUCGAGAAAUUAUUGCUUGUUCAGAACCUAACUCUGGAGUCGUGAUAUCAGUGUCUUCUAACCUACAAGACACUUUCCUCCAGCUUAGAAAAAGACAAUUUUCUUAUACUAGGAGUAUUAUGUGAAAUUAGUUGCAAUAUUUGGUUUGCUUCUUACCUGACUGUGAAUGUGUUCCUUGAAAGUACAAAGAUGCGACGAAAACUACUAAGAUUUUUUACUUUUGCAAUAAUAUUAUGGGUUGGAGUAAUGUUUUAUUAUCUGUACAAAGUUCAGCAAGGCAGUGACAAGAAGAAUAAAGCUUUACUUUUAAAAGAAACAGUGACAAAAGUGAGGCACAGCCAACAGUAUAAAGUAAUUGAAGACAAAAUAUCACUAAAGUAUUUUGAUGAAGAAGCCUAUAUUUCAAAGUCAAGAUUACAUCCUGGAGAUGAUCCUUAUGCAAGAAAUAAAUUCAACCAAGAGGCGAGUGAUAAAUUACCAAGCAAUCGAGAGAUCCCUGAUACCAGGCAUUCUGAGUGCUCCUCUAAAGUUUACAGAGAUGAGAAACAUCUUUCCCCAACAAGUGUGAUUAUAACAUUUCACAAUGAAGCAAGAUCAACCUUGUUAAGAACAGUUGCCAGUGUUCUGAACAGAAGCCCAGAAAAUCUCAUUAAAGAGAUCAUUCUUGUGGAUGACUUUAGUGAUGAUGCCUCUGAUGGAAAAGAACUUGAGAGCAUUCAGAAAGUUCGUGUGCUAAGAAACAACAAAAGAGAAGGGUUAGUAAGAUCAAGAGUUCGAGGUGCAGAUGCUGCUACAUCUGAAAUAUUGACAUUUCUGGACAGCCAUUGUGAAUGUAACCAAAAAUGGUUAGAGCCUCUUUUGGAUAGAGUAGUUGAGGAUUACACAAGAGUUGUUUGUCCUGUGAUUGAUGUAAUCAACAUGGAUGACUUCAAUUACUAUGGUGCUUCAUCAGAUUUACGUGGAGGUUUUGACUGGAAUCUUGUCUUCAAAUGGGAGUUUCUUUCUUCAGCUCAAAGACACAACAGAGCUAAUCAACCUGUACUUCCAAUUAAGACCCCAAUGAUAGCUGGUGGGUUAUUUGUAGUAAACAAAACAUUUUUUGACAGACUUGGAAAGUAUGAUAUGAUGAUGGAUGUUUGGGGUGGAGAAAACUUGGGUAUGUAUUUUUAA